AUGGCAACAGAGCCCAGAGACAACACGCACGUUGGAUUAUUUCGUAACUUCAUUAGCGGAAUUACUAAUAAAAUGAUGCUCACUGCUCGGGCAAUGCAUACAACAACUAUUCUCACCUUUCUGACCUGUGUCGGCGUAAUAUUCAACCACCUACCAACGACUUCGGCUGCACCAUUGCAUUCGUCUAGCAAGAAAACCAACAACAGAAAUCCGGACCAUGGCUCUAGUGAAGUUGAGGCGCAUGAUCAAGAAUCGAUUGCAUCAUACGAUCAACGCCAGACCGGUCAGUAUAAUAUAAAGGUGAACAUCAAAGAUGUAAAAAUCAUUUACGCCGAUAGGGAGGGAAUUGAAGGCAGCUUAGAUGAUGAUACCAUCUACGACUAUGGUGAUUACGAUUACGAUCCUUCGCAUCUUACCGUAAGCCCUUUACCCAUAUUUGGCAUCGGAUCCGUGUCCUUAACCUCCAGCAAACCACCGAAAUCGUCAACAAAAGUACCUACAACCACUGUUAAGCAUGGUACAAAAUAUACCACUGAAAAACCGCAGCGUACAACUAUCAUAAAUUCAUCUCCUACGACACCCAAUCUGCCUGCCUCGACUACGCAAAUCCUACCAUCGACUCCAGUUGCCGUCACGGUUCAAUCCCAACCUUUAGAAGCGCAAACAUCAAAUGGUAUGUUGUCUACCAACACCUCUUCAUCGGUUUCCGAAGAAAAUCGUUCUACAACUGAAAGUAUCGGUACGACAGUGAAACAUUCCCAUAAUGGUAAUCCCGUUCAGGUACCACAAGUACCACUCACUGGCCAUUACGACUAUGAGCACAUACCGGUGCAAGUCAUAAGUUACAAGCGAGGCAGCAAAAUGUGGAGCAAUAUCUGA